ACAAGUCGAAAGUAACUCACCUCCCUCUUCUCUACCCACCGAGUAUCAUUCCUAACCAGCCUCCUUCUCUCAUCAAAAAUGAUUGCCGCCAUCUUUGCUCUCCUUCCGUUCGCCCUCUUCGUCGCUGCAGACGGUCAGUGCAACACUGGUGCAAUUUCGUGCUGCAACAGUGUCACCACCUAUGAUUCACCGGAAGCUCAGAAAGCCUUCAACCAGACUGGUCUCGUCGACGUUGCUGCAGUUGUAAACGCCUUUGUCGGUCUCUCGUGCUCUGGUGUCACCGUCAUUGGUACAUCCUCCGGCUGUGAAGCCAACCAGGAGCCACUUUGCUGCGAGGACAACAAAUACAACGGUCUCGUCAACCUUGGCUGCACACCUAUCAACGUUAACCUUUAAGCGACGGAUUAUAAUGGGGGUUGCGGAUACUCACUGGGACAGUAUACCUUAAUUAGUUGAUCGUUAUUUGUCAACAUACGCUCCUUGCUGUGCAUUCGUCAGUAGCAGUACCAUGAUACCUUCCUGCCUGCCAAUGGAACUUAAUACUGUUUCGUCUUUUUGAUCAUUGGGCGAUUGUCAGACCUAGAUAAUUUCGUGGCGCACUUCUGUUC